UCUGUCCCGGUGUCCUGCAGCCUCCAGUCUUUCUUUCUGCUCGGUCCAGAGUGGCACUCCGGCGCUCCGGCAGCAUCACUCACUGGGAGCUCUGUGAAAGAAACCAUGCUGAUGUUUUUGGUGCUGGCAUCGGUCGUCCUCCUGGGAAUAGUGUCUGAGCGUUCCCAGGCCAUUGUGAUUUACACCGGCUGGGAACGCCACGCCCUGGUGGGCUCUGAUGUCCGGCUGUCCUGCUCAUUCUUCUCUUGGCGUUGGACCUCAGAGGAUGUGACCUUCUCCUGGACAUACAGGCCUGAUGGCUCCCGGGACACCAUCUCUAUCUUCCACUACACCAGCGGCGUCGCCUACGUUGACAACAAGGGCCCGUUCAGGGACAGGCUGGAGUUUGUGGGAAACCCGGCUCGCCGCGACGGCUCCAUCCUGCUGAAGAACCUGGAAUUUAGUGACAACGGGACCUUCACCUGCGACGCCAAGAACCCCCCUGACAUCGUGGGACGGCCGUCCAGCGUUCGACUGCUGGUCUUUGAGAAGGUGCCCAUCCAGGCUGGUGUGAUCACCGGAGCCAUCAUCGGGGUGGUGCUCGGCUUGCUGGUGCUCAUUGUGGUCAUCUACUACCUGAUGAGAUUCCUGGUGGCGCGCCGCGUCUUCAGCCUGAGUGUCAGCAAACAUGGCAAGAAAAAGAAAGAGGGAUCACAGCAGAGACAGAUAAAGGUCUGACUCCUCCGCGACUGCCUCCACUCCUCUAGUCUGCUCCCUCCUUUUCUGCCCAUCCUGAUGCAGCCCCCAUUAUUUCCCAUUAUCUCUUCUCUUUCCAGACAGCGCAGCCUGUAAGAAUAGUCCCACUAUAUCAGUGCCAACGCUGUCAAAUAAUUUUACGGCGCCUCGCGGGAGAACCUGUAUGCACUCAUUGGGCAAACUGUAAAAGUGUUUAAGGCCUAACUACGCACAUAACUUUCUAAAGAGGG